CUUUGAUAAGCGGAUGUUCACUCUUUCACUCUCCUUCACACUAAAAUGGUGAAACUUCAUGCAUUUUUUUUUUUUUUUUUUUGUACUUACAACAAAUGUGUUGGUAAGAUAAGUUCGAGAUUUCCUCGAAGGAACUUUUAAAGACAUAUUUGGUGUGUAGGGUUUUGACUACACUAGAUUUGUGUUGCACUGCAUUCAGUUUAUAAAAGGAUGGGUAGAGUAGUUUUCGUCACUUUGGUAUGAAGCCGCUAAACAUCUACGCCUCAUGCCCCGUCCCUUUGUACGUACCUCUAUGUGGGCGGAGUCAAACAGCUGGAUCUUCUGGGGUGUCUCCGGGUUUCGUGGCCGCGAGGCAGUGAGCGCGAGCUGUACAUCAAAGUGAAAUGGUCGACGUAGCCGCUGGUCAGGAAAAACACACGAAACAAACCCACUGGUAAAGCAAGGCGGCAUCUUUUGGGACUUUUUGGGGGCCAAGGGUUUCAAAGAUUUCACAAGACCUUUUCAAAAUCUCGCUGGACAUUGGAGGCUGAAGCUAAAAAAAAAGACACAUCUGUCCCGUCUGCCAACCUUCAUCUUCAGGAAAAUGAAUGAGUCUCUGACCAUGCAGAGCCCGGUCACCUGGAGUUAAAUGUUUGUCUGCUACUUGAGAGGAUUUUCCUGGGCUGGUCGAAGAGGACGGAGUGGAAAGGGAUUUGUCGAGGUGGUCCAAAAUGUCUCUGUGGAUGAUACUGCCUGUCAGUCUCCCAGUCCUGAGCAUCACUGGGAUAUGGGUUGUAUAUGCCAUGGCCCUGUACAACCAGCAUGUCUGUCCUGUGGAUAACUGGUUGUACAACCAGUCAUGUGAAGAGGAGCUGCAUUUGCAGAGCGGUCCAUCCUUUUGCUGCACGUUAGACAAUGUACCUCUUAUCAGUAAAUGCGGGACUCUUCCGCCAGAGAGCUGCUUCUUCAGCCUUAUCUGCAGCACAGGCUCCUUCAUGGUGUUGGUGAUUGUGUUGCUUCGCUAUGCCCACGUUAUUGAGAAGCAUCAAAACUGUGUUCUCAACACGGCGAGUCUGUCCACAGGCUGGAUCUGUGCUGCUGGACUUAUGAUGGUGGGAAACUUCCAGGUGGAUAAUGCCAAAGUUCUCCACUAUGUUGGAGCAGGCAUCGCCUUUCCCACCAGCAUGCUGUUUGUGUGCCUGCAGUCGGCGCUGACCUACCGACUGGCCAAGACCCAGGGGGAGUACUACUUGGCCCACCUCCGGCUCUGCAUGACCCUGCUAGCCUUCGUGGGCUUGGUGCUCAGCGGGGUGUUUUUCUGCCAGGAGAGUUUCAUCCUGCAGCACGCCUCAGCCAUCUUUGAAUGGGUGUUCUGUGUCAUCAUUAUGCUGUUUUAUGGGACGUUUGCCUUCGAGUUCACCAGCAUGUCAGGAGACACCAUGGCGGUGCUGGCCCGGGGCAGGUCCAUGGGACCUGCUGGGAGAGAACUGAAGCUGGACACGCUGGUUGGAAUGGGAGGACAGUCGCAUCAACCUGAAACCAUGUCCAUACUGUAGCCACUUCCUGAAGGUUCACUAUCACUUUGUUUGAUUCCUGUCAAACUCCGGCAGUCGGAUGAGUUUUAUUCUGCAGCUCCGGUAACAUUCAUGUGAAAAAAAAAAAAACAGGCUUGUACAGCAGCUGUUAGGAACUUGUUUGCAUUUUGCACAUUGAUGAGGCGUGACCCCCAGUUUUCCCCUAACUCUAUUCUGUCUUUAUCGACCAGAAGGAGCAGAUGGGAAGAAUGUACUGGUCAAGCCCAGCUGUAAACUGUUUUACUUUGCAGCUUUGGACCAUUUCAUACCUGCCAUCGUGCUUUCAUUGGAGGCAGAAAAAGAGAGGCUGCAGGACAGCCUGGCUGAUAGUAUUACAGUGUCGAGACUGAGAGACAAUAUGUGAAUGUUACAGAGGGAGUAUGUUUCAAUCAACCAUGGAGAAAGAGCAAACUAGUAAUUUACACAACAGUUAAGCCAUAUAGUAUUAUUAACAUCCUGCUCUACAAAAAAUCCCCUUAUUUCUUCUCCACACCCAAAUGCAUUUUGUGUUUAAGCCAAAGAUAAGUGCACUGCAAAGAUAAAAAACCAAGAAUAUAUAUUUUUGAGGUUUUCCUUUAACCAAGUCGGAAUAGAAUUUGAAUACUUUCUUUUUAGGAUGCCAUAUUGGUGCCCUAAUCUUUUAUGCAGCUGCAAAUCUGUGUUUCUUAAACUAUUUUCUUAAGGUUUCUUUGGUACUCAUGCCCAGAACACAUGGAUAUUUUAUUUCUGUAUACAAAGUAUACACCUAGUGCCUUACACAGUUAAAUGCAAGAAAUGAUUUUAAAUGAGUCUCCUUUUCUACUUUUUGUAAAAAGAAAGAAAAAUAUAUGUAUACCAGACAGACAUUUAACCUAAAAUAAUUUUGCAUUUAGCUGUUUUUUAGAAUGAAAAAGAGCAUUCAGUGACCAGAUGCUUAAAAGCUAAUUCAAGCCAGAGCACUUGGUUUAUUGGGUUUAGUGAUGAGACAUAACAUGUGUUUUCAGGUUCUAACAAAGGGCUGCAUCCUAUUAUUCCCCGUUAAGGACAAGAAGAAUGUCUUGUUUUAGUUUACUUGCUGGUUUUGUCUUUGUGGCUCGGAACAUUACAAGGACUCCGGCUCAUUUUUCUGGGGUUGCAGAACCAAGGAGAAAAAGGAUGAAUUAUCGAUCCCAAGACAUGAUUUUACAAAAUAAUCAGCCUGUGUAAUUGGUGCUACCAUUCUGCCUUCUCUUUGGCUGUAAUAUCUGAUCUAUUUAUGCAAUAAGACUGUAAGAUCAGUCAUUGAUAGAGAGAAGGUCCAUGUGAGUGCCAGGAAUAACUACAGAAAAAUGCAGUUAGAUAACCGAAGACGGUAAAGUUACUGUUUGUUUUAGGGAUUCAGUGUGGAAACUAGAAAAAGCAGGGGCGUCACUGCUGUAAUACUUUAAUAAGUAGGUUGUUGUCAACACUGCCAUAAAAUACAGAUGGCCUCAAGUUGCCUUAGUGCCAGUAUUUUGGAAGCAAAUCUUUCAAACAGUAAUUGACUUUCAGGCUGAAUGUAAACUUUCAACAGGCCAGAGCUGCAGAAGCUCUUGCAGCUGCAAUGAGCUGGAAGACAGAAAGUACACCAGCCGCACUGAUCCGCUGCUGCCCUCUGCUGGUCAAGUAGAUUAUGACCGCUUCAUGUGGAGCUCUUCGUCUCACUGAUCACAGGCACAAGUCAAAAAAUGCCAGGUGGUUAAUUUUUCUUACAUUUUAUUUUAAAUAGUUACAAGCCGUCUUACCUGAGCAGGCUCCCUUUGGUUUUACUACCAAAUAAUCCACUUUACACUACUUUUACAGUAUGCAUUUUCCUAACAUAUCACUGUAAGUCCAUUCUAAAUGCUAAGCUAUUUGAUGUUGCUGCGGUGCUGGUGCAGUGUGGACAAGAACUUAAGUGUUUAAAAACACUUAUUUGUUGUUUAUUCAUCAUAGUACAGUAGUAAAUCACUUUCCCCUGCUCCACCUCCUCCUCCUCCUCUCAUGUCACCAUGUCUACUUUGUUGUCUUGUUUAUGGAUCUGUUGGAUCUAAACACUCAGGAAACUCUUCAGACACCAGCUACAAUGUUUAAUUCAAAGCAGAAUGAAACCUGCUUGCUUCUACCUUCUGUUGUAUUUCAUUAUGUGUAGUAUACGUGCUGCUUUUUCAGCCGAUGUUAACAAUGGUAUAAUAGAUCUGUUUUGUAAAUCAAGACUCAGUAAUGUAUAAAAUAUGUAGCUGUAAUUUUAGCUUUUUUAACUGCAAGAAGCUUAAGAAAGUGUAGUGAGUAUUACAAGUAAAUCAGCUCCCUCAUGCAAUCAGUAGAUCGUUGUGGAGAGACAAAUUAGAAUCUAGUAUUCGGUACCCCGUUUACUAAAUGGCAAAAAGCGCACCAUGUGCCUUAUGUAUCAUAUCAAUAACCAAAGAGCUGUAGGCUGCAAAUUAUAUUUUUGAUGCAAAGUGGCAUGAUUGCAUGCAUAUCGUAUGCCCUAAUGCUCAAUGAAUAAAAACCUCACAAAUCCAAA